AUGGCUGAGUUACCCAACGAAAUCACUACGAUUAUACUCUCGAAUUUACCAGUGAAAUCCCUCUUACGGUUCAAGUGUGUUUCUAAGUCGUGGUUUUGUUUGAUUUGGUGUCCAAAUUUGAAGCUGUCGAAUCAAGGACGACAAGGAGCGAUCGUCAUGCGUUCAACAAGAGCAGCAAUACAGAGACCUUCCUUCAAAUUCGUAAACCAACAACUCACUUUGGAAGAAGUCAAUUAUCCUUUAUGGGACGAUGAUGAGAUUUAUGAACAAAGUUGUAAGAUUUUGGGUUCUUGUCGUGGUCUUAUACUAUUUAAUGUAAACGAACACAUUUACUUGUGGAAUCCUGCCACUCGAUUAUGCACCAAGGUGCUCGAGCUUGACGACUUGCGAGGUGACUAUAUUACACAUGGGGGACUUUGUUUCGACUCCUCCAAGGACGCUUACAAGAUUGUGCUGAUUAUGUGCUCUUAUAUCCCAGGUCGUCAGCUUGUUAAAAUUGCUAGUCUUGUAGACAAACAAUGGAGGAAACUCAAAUUCCCUUAUGAUAUCCACUCAAUGCGUUGUGUGAUUACGUUGCAUGGACGACUUCACUAUUGGGCAAGUGACGAAGAUGAUAACAAAGAUGGAAACAAUGAACUUCACGAGAGUAUUUGGGGGCCAUUAUGUUGUCCUAGAAAAUUAACUUAUUUUGAUCCCAUCUCUGAAAAGUUUCAUAUGUUUCCGGUCCCUGAGCCAAAAUCUGAUCAAGAAGAGAACGUUAUAGCUGGUUUAGGAGUAUUAAAUGAAUGCCUUUGUAUGACUCGUUUGCAGGAUGAUAAAAGCGUUGAGAUAUUGGUCAUGAAGGAAUAUGGAGUAAAGGAAUCAUGGGCAUCCUUAUUUUUCAUAAGGAACUUAGAAAUAAUGCCUUCUUGUGAAGAUGCAGUACCCUUUUCCGUGAUGGAGACCGGAGAAAUAGUUUUGAUAAUAGACGGUCAUCCCAAAAGAGUAGUUGUAUACAAUCCUAAAAAUGAUAAUAUGAGAGUCAUUCUCGUUGAAGGAGAAGCAGAAUAUAUUACCUAUGAGGAAAGCUUGAUCUCGCCAGAGGAAUGCGACUACGACUGGAGUGAGCUGCAGGAAUGUUUUCUAGUUUUCUAG